CAGAUAGACGGACACAGCUACAAAACGGUGCUUCUUCUUCGUAUUAUUGUUUCUGUCGCUCAGCUAUGGCCUCAAGCACCUCCAUUGAUUCUACCCUUUCUAACCAAAGGCUAUCAGGGAAAGUAGCACUGAUAACUGGAGGAGCCAGCGGGAUCGGAGAGAGGAUCGCUCGCCUCUUCCACAAACACGGAGCUAAGCUCUGUAUAGUUGACCUGCAAGACAACCUCGGCAAGAACGUCUGCGACUCCCUCGGCGGCGAACCCAACACCUACUACCUCCACUGCGAUGUCACGAAAGAAGAAGACGUUUCUCGAGCCGUGGACUUCACCAUCGAGAAAUUGGGGGCCCUUGAUAUCCUGGUUAACAAUGCUGGGGUAACAGGUCCACCUUGUGCAGACAUCCGAGACACCAAGGUUUCUGAUUACGAGCUGGUGUUCGACGUGAAUGUGAAAGGCACCUUUCUGGGGAUGAAACAUGCAGCGAGAGCAAUGAUCCCAUCCAAGACAGGUUCGAUUGUGAACUUAUCCAGUGUGGCCAGCACGACAGGUGGGCUCGGCCCUCACAUUUACACAGGGUCGAAGCAUGCUGUCCUUGGUUUGACCAGGAAUGUUGCUGCUGAGCUUGGGAAGCAUGGCAUCCGGGUCAACUGUGUUUCUCCCUAUGCCGUCCCAACUGGGUUAGCUCUGGCUCACUUGCCGGAGGACGAAAGAACCGAGGAUGCCAUGGAAGGGUUUAAAGCUUUUGCUGAGAAGCAUGCCAACUUGAAAGGGGUUGGGUUGACACCUGAUGAUGUGGCCAAUGCUGUGCUCUUCUUGGCGAGUGAUGAAGCGAGGUAUGUCAGUGGUGAUAAUCUGAUGGUUGAUGGUGGCUUCACUUGCACAAAUCACUCACUUCGUGUAUUUAGAUGAGGAGUUGCAGUCCAGAAUCCAGAUGGUCAUUCUGUAAUUGCAUAUGCAGCUCUUUUCUUCAUUUCUUACUUCCUGUUUCAACCCAGUUCUCUGCCAUUUCCCUUCCAAACAAAAAACCCAAGAUAAUCUUAUUCUUGGAAUAGAUUUUCCCUUCAUUUGAAGGUCAUAUAUUCACUAUUUCCAAAAGAAUGCUCAGAGCUUGUAUAAAGCAGAAUAGUGCAGGCAGGCACUACUGUCAACUAGAUGUGGUUUCAUCAACUUGUAUCAUUAGACGUUCAGAAUUCAGAAGUCUCAAAAGUAUCAUACAUCAGCCAAUUAAACCAGAGUCUGCAAUGUCAAUGAUAUGGAAACCUAAAAUAGCUAGUUGCUGGUUUUCCUGAUAGACAAGAAAAUCUGCAACAAAACCUAUAAACCAAAAUCAAUUGUAAGUACUAAUAACAAGUAAAUAUAUCAGCUUUUUCAUCUCUAUCUAUACGCAAUAAUGCAUUCAGCGACAGCAGCGAGCAUCUGUUGCUGAAGAUGUCAUGAUUUGGAAGCAGGGGCAAUUGGCCAUAUGUUCUCUUCAUAAUUGGUCACCAUAACAGCAUUACUAGAGAGAUCAAAUGGAUCAUAAGGAGGCAAGCCAGAGACCUCAACCCAUCUGAACGUUGAUUUCACACGAUUGUAGUAACACAGUAGCAGAGGGCUGGACAGUACCCUCGGCGCAAUCACAAUCUCAUCUUCUGCUGAAUCACCGCCAGAAGCCUGUCCAACAACCACGAACAAUGAAGAAUCCACCGCCGCCGUCCACGAAGUGAACAAAAAGCUGCGCUCCACCCAAACAGAUUUGCGAGAAGAAUCGUCCAACUCCCAGAACGUCAGCUUAGCAUCCUGUUGAACUUGAACAAACUUAGCUAUAACCACACGGCCUCCCAAUUUCGCCAGACAAGAUGUAGCAGCAUCUGGCGGUGCAUUCCUGUGGAGUUGGAUUUCCUUGAAACUUUCUUCACGAACAUCAAACGCCACCAUUACGGCCUGCGCUCGCUUGCUCGAAUCUCCCCAGCUCCUGAAAUACACUACCCCGUUCAAGCAAAGGCUCUCCCGCUGAGGGUAGUAAGGAGGCCCACUCUCCAGCUCUCUCCACGACGUCGCCGUCCCGCCAACGGUGAACACUCUGUACUCCGUCUCCUGCUUCCCGUGGAUCCUCCACGAGUUCAAGACCUUGUAAUUUUGGGAAAUCGGAUCGAACCCAAAUGAAUUCACACAGUAAUAAGUGGGAGGAGCGGGAAUCGCGCGUGGGUUAGAGACAAAAGGAAGCGUGGUGGAACGCCCCGUGCUCGGGUUACAGACGACGGCGGUGAGGCCGAAGUCCAAGCAGACGAUGCCGUUGAUGGAGUGGGUAGUGUAGCGCGAGAAUCUUGGCGGGAUUGUGAGGCGGUGGGUGGCGGAGCCGCCGUUGAGGCCGGAGAUGUAGAAUGUUUGAGCGGUUUGGAGCUUGGUGGGGAAAGUGAUGAGGAGGCCGGAGUCCGGUUUGGUAAUGGGUCGGUGGGAGCGGGCGAAGGUUUGGUCGUUGAUGAUGGAAUGGCAGAAUUUGGAGAGGAACUGGAACCGGACUAGGGAUUUUACCGGGAGGGCUGUGAAGAUGUCGUAGAUUACAUCGAAGGGAAUAGGAUCCCUGGUGCUGGUGGGAGGAUUGAGAGAGGAGAAAUUGGAAUUGAUCGGAUUUGGGAUUUCUUGAUGGUUCUUGCUCUCUCGCCGCUUCUUCGCCGGUGGGCUUUCCAUGGCGGACGGGGGAGCGAUUGGGGUUUUGACUUGGGAAUUUGCUUGAUAAGGAGACGAUGGAGAGAUAAACUGGCGAAGAGGG